UCACUGCUGGGCACUGACUGGCGGCACUGCUAGGCAUUGACUGGCUAAACUGCUGGGCACUGACUGGCACAACCACUGGGCACUGACUGGCAGCACUGCUUGGCUGCACUGAUGGGCACUGGUGGGUGGCACUGGUGGGCACAGGUGGGUGGCACUGGUGGGCACAGGUGGGUGAGCACAGGUGGGUGGCACUGCUGGGCACCGGUAGGUGGCACUUCUGAGCACAGGUGUGUGGCACUGCUGGGGUGCACUGCUGGGCACAGGUGGGCGCACUGCUAGGCACAGGUGGGUGCACUGCUGGGCACAGGUGGGCGGAACUGGUGGGUGGCACUGCUGGGCACCGAUCAUCAGGGCACUGAUCAUCA